AUGGUUGCUACAUUAGGGGAAGAUGCCCCUGCUUUAUCAACAGUGCAUAAGUGGGCAGCUGAAUUUCGGAGGGGAACGGAGAGUCUUGAAAAUGACCCAAGGUUUGGAAGUCCUGCAAAUGCUACCACUGAGGAAAGCAUUGGUCGUGUUUACCACAUGAUGGAUGACAGGCGAUUGACUAGAGAUCAUUUAGCCAAUGCUAUUAGCAUAUCUCAUCAGGAAGUUGAGAAUAUUUUACACAAUGAACUUGGCAUAACGAAGGUUUCUGCCGAAUGGGUGCCGCGUCUUCUGACACAUGAUCAAAAGCGCACCAGUCAUUUGACUGCAGCCAUGAAGAACUUUUAUCCAAAUGAAUAG